AUGGUAGAACCAGAAAAACCAUUUGCAUGUACGAUGCCAGACUGCGGCAUGACCUUUACUAAUGAGGAUCAUCUGCAAUUACAUACUAAAAAACACGAUAUGAUGUUACAAUUAGGUUUGGAGCAAAAAGCAGCUUUUGUUGCUGAUCAAACCCCAACUCCUACAAGAUUUAUCAGAAAUUGUGAAGAAGUAGGCCUCUUUCAAGAUUUACAAAAUGACAACCCCUUUGAUGAAGGCUUCAAAAGAGCCAUGGAAACUAAACAACACAUCUUAUCUCUCGAGAGUAUCGCAACAAUAUCGAACACAGAUGAUCUACAUACACCACAGAUGGUGUUCCCACUGGAACACACUGAUUCGACAUUGUUCAGUACCACAAAUAACCAGAGAAAUAUCACUAUUAGCAGAUCAUCAAGUGACGAAUCUGGAGCUAUCAAGGAAUUUGAAACGACGACAAUAUCUAAAUUAACAAAUGAAGUAACAACAAUAAGUCGUAUAGUCGAGAAACACGAUGAUAACCGAGUAGAUGAUUCCAAACUCAAAGACGAGGUCAUCAAGGACUCAAUUUCAUACUCAAAUAAUAUAAUUAAAAUACAUAGUGAAAUCCGAAGAGAUGAUAUGAACAAAAAUCCGAUACAAACAUUUGAAGAUACCACAAAGAACAAUAAAAUAAGUGAUGUCCCGCCUAUAAUGAGUCAAACCUCAAUCGAUUAUGUUGUCGAAACAUUAACUAAUGACUUAUGCAAUGACACAGCUAACAAACAUGAUGAAAGUGAUAAUAUAGAAGUAUUAAUAAGAUUGCCAAACGGUAGACAAGUGAGAAUGAAGUCAGUGGAGGAUGAACCAAAAGUAAACGCUAAAGAAAAACUCAAAAGAGUUUUGUCGGAGAAAUCUAAAACUAAAAGUCCCACUAUCUCGAAUUUAGUACCAAUAAGUGGUGGAACACUAAUUCCAGUCACCUUAGUAGCAGCUCAACCACAAAAGAUACCCAUACCACCAUUUAGAGUUGCUAGGAAUUACGAUAAGAAAGCAGUGAAGCGAAAAAAUUUAGACACCGGGAAUCAGUGUCACAGUGCUUCGAGUGAGAAGCAGAGUGAUUUGGACAGUCGCAGUGCAGCAUCGAGGAGAUAUAGAGCGAGAUUAAAAGAGUCCUGGAUAAAACAGUGCGAAGAAAAUAAACAGCUGAGAGCAUCAAAUGACAGACUAUUGUCGGAAUUGACAAAAUUAAAAUUAUUGAUAACGGAACACCUGAAGAGAUGCCCUAAUGCUGAUGACAUAAGUACGAUACAAGAAAAAUUAUAAUUAUAAAUAUGAAUAAAAUGAGACUGAGACAAUUUAGUUUUUAAUGCAAUACCAUAGUUUAGCUUAAUGUGAGUUCAUUAACUUUUGGUUAAUGGCGUACAGGGAUGGUGAGGUUGUUUUAACAUGGUCAUAAUUUAUUGGCAUCGGCGGCAGCGGAGGCGGGUCGCGGGUCUGGUCCUGGCGUAUCGUUUUCAUCUAAUGAAAGGGAUUUGCUUAAUUUGAAGAGUUGAAAUCGUGGAUAAGAGUUUAACGCAUGUAAUGACGUGAUUUGUGUAUCUACAGUUAGAACUAGUUUUAU